UCUCAUCUCUCGCCCCUCGUCUCAGUCACAGUCUUUCAUCGCUCUCUACACCGCUUCUCUCGCCGUCGUCUUCUUCUCAUCGCUCAGCCAUUUCCAAAACGCUCCCGUCGCUCCGCCGCUCGCCAUGGGGAAGGUCAAGAUCGGAAUCAACGGUUUCGGAAGGAUCGGCCGCUUGGUCGCGAGGGUCGCGCUCCAGAGGGACGAUGUCGAGCUCGUCGCCAUCAACGAUCCCUUCAUCAACACCGACUACAUGACGUAUAUGUUCAAGUACGACAGUGUUCACGGCCAGUGGAAGCAUCACGAGCUCAAGGUCAAGGACUCCAAGACGCUUCUCUUCGGUGAGAAGCCGGUCACUGUUUUCGGCAUCAGGAACCCCGAGGAGAUCCCAUGGGGCGAGACUGGAGCUGAGUUCAUCGUGGAAUCUACCGGUGUCUUCACCGACAAGGACAAAGCUGCUGCUCACUUGAAGGGCGGAGCUAAGAAGGUAGUCAUUUCUGCCCCCAGUAAGGAUGCACCCAUGUUUGUUAUGGGUGUGAACGAGAAAGAGUACAAGCCAGAGCUUGACAUUGUAUCCAACGCCAGUUGCACUACCAACUGUCUUGCCCCUCUUGCCAAGGUUAUCAAUGACAGGUUUGGCAUUGUUGAGGGACUUAUGACCACUGUCCACUCCAUCACUGCCACCCAGAAGACUGUUGAUGGCCCAUCAAUGAAGGACUGGAGAGGUGGAAGAGCUGCUUCUUUCAACAUCAUUCCCAGCAGCACUGGUGCUGCAAAGGCCGUGGGAAAGGUGCUGCCUUCCCUCAAUGGUAAGCUCACUGGAAUGUCCUUCCGUGUUCCUACUGUUGAUGUGUCAGUUGUGGAUCUCACCGUCAGGCUUGAGAAGGCGGCAACUUAUGAUGAGAUCAAAUGUGCCAUUAAGGAGGAGUCUGAGGGCAAACUGAAGGGGAUUUUGGGUUACAUUGAAGAGGAUGUGGUCUCCACAGAUUUUGUCGGUGAUAGCAGGUCAAGCAUUUUCGAUGCCAAGGCUGGAAUUGCUUUGAGCAAGAACUUUGUGAAACUGGUCUCAUGGUACGACAAUGAGUGGGGCUACAGUUCUCGUGUUGUUGACUUGAUCGUCCACAUGGCGUCCACCUGCGCUUAAAUGGGAACUCCAUCUUAUGAUUAACCGAGUUCUUUUUGUUUGUCUAAUGGUGGAGUGUUUGGGGCUUACUUAUUUGCUCAACCAUCAUAUGGUCGUUGCGAGAGUCUGCUCAUGCUUUUGUUUAGAGGUCUUUUGGCGUUAAGCCCAUGUUAUUCCGGUGUCCUCGCUCUUAGAUGUUUGGAGCAAUAAAAGAGACACAAAUUGCCAAAUCCUGUUUAUGGUGUCCUCUUGCUUGCUGAGGUUUUGCAAUACUUAAAUGGGAUCUAUUACUA